AACUAACAAGGUAAAUAUGAAUUUUCUCUCAAGCCUUCCUAGCAUGAACAACUUAUUCACGUUCUUGCAUGCCUCUAGCCGUAGAGAUACUGAGUUCGCCCACCUCGAAAGCAGGAUCCCCAAGAACAGCAUGGAUCACCUCAAUCAGCCUUCCAUGACCUUUAUCAAGAAGUCAUGUGAGAUUUUACUCCAAAAUGUGUUUUGAGUCACAGUCUUCAUGUUUCUCAUUGAAGAUAUUGACAUGAAGUUGCUCUCUCAACUUGCUUGCUGAAUCUGAGUGGCUAUAGGAUUCUAUUAUGCAAAAUAAACAGAUCUCCAUCUCAACUGAGCACCUACAAAUAUCGAUACUGGUAUUCAAUGGAUUGGCAUAUUUGAUGUCUCAUUUAGUGUUUCAUGUAGAGCACAAAGGCACUAUCAGUGUGGCUUUUCAAUGCAUAUAUGUGUACCACUUUUACCUUGCCACUCUGACUCCAUCUAAAUGUCAUGCAACAAGUGUGAUCUAUACUUCAACAGCUCUUAUGCACUUGGUCAUUGCAAUGUACAGAUUCAGAGAAGUUGAUGUGAAACACAUUGCUUCAACAAUAUUUUCUGUGCGAAUCUUUGUGCUUGGACUUCAGACCAACCAAACAAGGCUCUCUCAAAUGUACAAUAUGAUACUUGAAAAUGAGAGACUGGCUACAGAAAAACAGAAAGUUGUCCAACAGUUCCCUCACCCGGUGUUGAUUAUUCCCCAGAAAAUAUCUGGAGAUUGCAGAUGCUAUUCUAAUGACCAGUUUGAAAGCAAAAUUCAGGCUCUUGAUCAAGAGAUUCACAGGCUGGAUCAGAUCCAAGUUGUUGUUAAAAAGAAUGAUGGCAUUCAGAGCAACUACCAAGAAAUAAGAACACUUCUUGAAUAUUUGGGAGAGCCUGGCCAGAAGAAGAUGAGACAUUCUGAAGGGCUCAAGAAGAAUGCAAUCAUCCAGUGUAAACCAUUUUGAUAUCAAGAUUUACCAAAGCACAAAGAUGUUUCCAAUAGUCAAGACAAAACUAACAGAGAAGUCAGCAGAAAUUUCAAUAUCAAGUCUCUGGACAUCGAGUGGAAGGGUGUUCCCUCUGUAAUGCAUGUCUUCAUUGACACUACUGACAUCAUCAAUCUCGAGAAAGCCAGGAAUAGAAUCAAGAUGCAGAAGAUAAUGUUUGCAAGUGCGAGUCACGAGUUCAGGACUCCACUUAAUGCAAUUAUCAACUCUUUUGAGAUCAUCAAGUCGAGUCUUCAGGAAUUCCUCAGAACAGUAAUGGAGGAUGCAAGCAAGAAUGUGAUUCAAAGUUGUCAGGCGAGAGAGCAUAUAGAUCUGAUCUGGAAGUUCAUCAGGACUGGUUCUACUUCGUCAGUGUUGUUGAUGGCUCUGGUUGAGGACAUUCUGAACCUGUCCAGAAUUGACAACAGAACUUUCACCACAAAGUUCGAGUUCUUCAAAGUGCCAGAGUUGCUUCAAGAAGUGCAUUCUUUGUUCACAAUACAGUGUGAGAACAAGGGAGUUGACUUGCUCAUAGAAUGAGAUGAAACCUUGCACAGUUGUGAAAUCAGAACUGACUGCAACAGAAUCAGACAAGUCUUGUUGAACUUGGUCUCAAAUUCAUCCAAGUUCACCUUUGAAGGAUUCAUUAAAAUCAAAGUUUGAAUGGUGAAGUCUCUGGAUGGCUCUGAUUACUUGGAAUUCAGAGUGCAAGACACUGGAACAGGUAUCAAAGAGCAAGACCAAGAGUGUCUUUUCAAGCUGUUUGGUGUCCUUGAAGAUAAUGAAGAUCUGAACCCAAAUGGUUGUGGCUUGGGGUUAACAAUCAGCAAGAAAUAUGUAGAGCUACUUGGAGGAGAUAUUAGGUGACAAUCAGUAUAUGGAGAAGGAACUGAGAUGAUAUUCAGAGUUCUGGUUCAUGAUUUUAGAAUGAUCUCCUGUAAUAUCAAUCUAUCUGGAAACAAUAGUGAAGAAUCUAAUUUGAGUUGUGUAGAGAAUAUAUCGGAUUCGGAUAUCCAAAUCAGUGAAGAGUACAGUUCCUGAAUGAAGUCGGUAAACAAGCUUCCAAUAAGCCAAUUCAAUAAUUCUAAGUUUUGAAGACUAUAUUUAUUUGUCUUGAUCCUUUCUGCUUUAGUCUAA